UGCGGCUGACCCGAAUUGCAGCGCAUACGGAUGAUUGUCACGGGAGACUGCUAACGAAACGAGAAUAAGCCUCGAAGUCCGUUCAAGAGUCGUACGAGAGAAGAAUGACAACUUUGGAGGAGCAGAUCGCCAUUCUUCGAUGGAUGAAAUAUGAUGCAGUCAACAAAGCCGAAGUUUGGAAACAAGAGGCUCAAAGGCCUGGGAACAAGAGAGGUGGCAUCAAUAUUGGAGCCACUCCAACAACGCAAGCCAGGAUUCGUCCACGUUGUACACCUGCGUCUAUAACCGCACCAAGUAAGAAGAUGACCAUGGAAGACUAUCGGGAGUUUGCUCAACAUCACGACGAAGAGAUCAAUCUGCUGAAAGAUAUGCUCGCGAAGGAAGUUGAACGAAGAAAAGAGGUCGAGGAGGAGGCAUUGCAGCUGAAGGAGAAGCUAGCCCGACUGAAAAUUGAGAAGAAUGAUAAACAAACUACUGCUACUUGCCGACGAUCAAGACUGGAGGCAGUUAUCGAGGGUGUUGUCGGUCCCUCAUCUCGUGGGAAGAAGAUGGCCACCACGAGCAAGGCGGAUGCGCUGAGAAAUGAGAAGGUAUCCAACGAUAAGGGAUCUUUCCUGAAGGAAAACCGCAACAAUUUGAAAUCGUUGAAGAAUGAGCUAUCAUGGCGAUUUGCGCAAAGGAAGGGGUAUUGUAUACUACCUUGGACAAGACGAAAGAAGAAAUUGUACAGCGACGAUUGGUCGAAGCGUUUCGGGAAGAUGACACAGCGGGAACCCACACCAAUGGAGUAGUCAUCGAGGAAAUCUCUGAUGACAAUACCGCUGCCAACACCGAC